UUCAUUUAUCCAGAAGACAAUCCAGUAAUCAACGAUGCCAUGGUAAGACAAAUGCAAAAACAUCUGACUGAUUGGCGCCACACGAUGAAGAAACACUGGGUAGAUGUUGGAGGAGAGGUGGACAAUGAGAGAGCGAAGUCAAAACCUUUUGUGUCGAUUACUUCUUCUGAUUGGGCAAUUCUGUGUGAUUUUUGGGCUUCUGAUUCUCACCAGCGUAUAUCGAAGAAAAAUAAAGAAGCUCGAGCUAAAAUGACCAUACCAGGAGGACACGGUUCCAAAUCCAUCGUUGCCCAUGUUUAUGAUCACAUGGACCCAUCUACUGGCCAGCUCCCGAGCAUGAUCGACACAUUCGAGCACCUCCACAAGAAGAAGGAUAAGUGGAUUAGUGAUGCAGUGGCGAAAAAACAUGUGGAAUUGGAAAAACACAUUUGCUUACUCGAGCAAAAUAUCUCAUCAUCUCGUGAUAUGGCUGACAUGGUAUAUGAGUUGAAACAACUUUUUGCAGCAUUGGAUGCAAGGGAUAUACGUCUAGUGAAACCACUUGCUAAGAGGGUGCAAUCAAGAAAACCAAGAAUGAAAGGUUUCUUGAAUCAGUUGUUUCACAAGCAUUCCACAGCUCAGGACGGUAAAGCAAAAGUAAAGGAAGAUUGCCACAUCCUCUGA